AUGUCUGAGAAGCUGAAGCAGUGCAGACAGGGGCUAGUUGCAGCAUUAGACCGUGCAUUAGAGGAUGUCACCAUAACACCCCCCAGCAUCAAACAUCCACCCUACCCUUUAUACCCCCACAGCGAAUUCAAAGAAUCAGAGUCUCCUGCAUAUCUAGAAACAAGGGCUGAGCUCCAGCGAAGACCGCUCCCUGUCUGUUCUCCAGGGACCACGAUGUACCUCCCUACUGCAAUCCCUAUGGACCUGCAUAGAAACACCUCCCAUUCCCACAGCUGGCCCAUCUUAUACAAAGAGGCUUUACCCACAAGGCAAGAAACUUCCAGCCAUUGCAAGGUGGACUGUCCAUCUUCAGACAACAUCAAGGAAGCUUUAACUCCGGAUCUGCUACAGAUUAUAGAAAGUUCUGGUAUACAGACAUUGGAGGAUCUUGUGGGGAAGCUGGAGUUUGAGAAUGAGUUAAACCGGGUGUGUAAUAAUGCCAGCCAACAAGGGAACAGCCUUUCACAGAUGCUGGAAGAUAAUGUAAUCAACCUAACUCCAAGAAUAUCUGAAGACAACAAUAUGAUUGAGGCUGUAUUGGAUAUGGAGCAGGAGUAUGAUUUAUCUGUGUAUUACAGCAACUUCUCAUAG